AUGGCUGAACGUAAUGCUGGUCAACGAGUGGUGUUAGAUGACACUGGAGGGUUGGAGGACGAGAACAUUAUUGUGUUUGGGAAGGAAGAAAUAGAAGAAAGUCUCCAGAUCUGUGCCAAAAGUCUUAUAGGCCGGAUCUUGGCAGAUCGAUCCUUUGGAGUUGGUACAGUGGAAGGAGCAAUGAGAGCGAUCUGGUCUCACCCAGAAGGGUUUAAGAUUAUGGAUUUAGGUGAUAACCUAUUCCAAUUCUUCUUUGAAAAGGAAGUGGAUCUGGUUCGCGUAGAACGCGGUGCACCAUGGUUGCUGAAAAAUUACAUUGUCAAUAUCAAAAGGUGGGAGGAGAAGGAUAUUAAUAACAAUGAUGAACUAUCUCGAGUCCCAAUUUGGGUACAACUGUGGGGGAUUCCAGAGCACUAUAAAUCAAAGGAGUUAGGGAGGAAGAUUGGAGGUACUAUGGGAGAAGUAGUGGAAGUGGAUUUUUACUCAAUGAGAGGAAGAGAAAGUAGAAUCUUAAAGGUUAAAAUUCUCAUGGAUGCUACAAAACCUUUAAGAAGAAGCCUCAGGAUUGCUGGACCUAAUAGAAACGUGAUUGAGUUAUCCGUAAAAUAUGAGCGAAUCGAGACAUUCUGCAACUAUUGUGGUCACCUCGGACAUGAAAGUAGAGGAUGCAAUCAACACCUUGAAGAUUCAAUUAAGGGAGAAGUGCAAGAGGAGAAGUGGGGGACUUGGAAAACAGUGGUGAAAAUGAGCAACUGGGAAGCAAAUCGAAGGAAGAUAAUAGUGGUAAUGGGGGCAUGGGAGAAGAUAGUGGCAGAUCAAAGGGAGAGGCUGUUGUUAGUGCAUAAAAAAUGUGGAGACAAAGAAUAUUUUAAUGACGGCAGCACUGAAAGUGAAGCUAAUGAAGAAAAGAGAAAGGGAGGACUAAAAGGAGUGGAGGAGGCAAUGAGCUCAGGCUUCAAUAUUGGCCGAGAAUCUGACACACUAGAGGAAGAUGGCCGAAGGAUGAAGUUAAAACAACUUGCAAGGAGGAGUGGAAGUAAGUAUAAAAUAUUCAGUGGUGAAAAAAGGAGAAUAACGGAGCAGGUAGCAGACAAUGGAGGAAAAAAAUAA